GUAGACGCCCCUCACCGUCACUUCAUCACAGAGUUUCCACACUUUCCGGCUCCUCUUCCUUCUUUGUCUGCGAAUUCCAAAACCGGCAAAGUGAGCUAGCAAAUGAUCGCCGCUUCAAUUGACUCUACUCAGCGAUUCUCACCAAUUCUCUCGGUGGAGGGAACCGCCGAAUCCGAAAUUGAAGAUCGAGCUCCAAGACUACACAGAUUCAAGAGGAGGAUGUAGUUUUCGGUCUUCACCGUCCACGUUUCUCAGCAAGGCUUGUAAAAUUGGACAUAUUUGUUGAAGCGGUUUAAUUACAAUGGAAUCUUGCAAUUGCAUUGAGCCACAAUGGCCGGCUGAUGAAUUGUUGAUGAAAUAUCAAUAUAUAUCAGAUUUCUUUAUUGCACUGGCUUAUUUCUCCAUCCCUCUAGAGCUGAUCUACUUUGUCAAGAAAUCUGCAGUUUUUCCAUACAGAUGGGUCCUCGUGCAGUUUGGUGCUUUUAUAGUUUUGUGUGGGGCAACACAUCUUAUUAGCUUAUGGACUUUUAGUGUGCAUUCAAAAACCGUGGAAGCUGUGAUGACAACUGCAAAAGUUUUGACUGCUGCAGUGUCAUGUGCAACUGCCCUCAUGCUUGUCCACAUUAUUCCAGAUUUGUUAAGUGUUAAAAAUAGAGAACGAUUUUUAAAGAAUAAGGCUGCAGAACUUGAUAGAGAGAUGGGCCUGAUUCGUACACAGGAAGAAACUGGGAGACAUGUUAGGAUGCUUACUCAUGAGAUCAGAAGCACUCUUGAUAGACAUACCAUAUUAAAAACUACACUUGUUGAGUUGGGUAGAACUUUAGCAUUAGAAGAGUGUGCUCUAUGGAUGCCAACACGCACUGGGAUAGAGCUUCAACUUUCCUACACUCUUCGUCAGCAAAAUCCUGUUGGAUAUACUGUACCCAUCCAUCAUCCUGUGAUCAAUCAAGUCUUCAGUGGCAAUCGUGCAGUUAAAAUAUCACCCAAUUGUCCAGUGGCAAGACUAAGGCCUCUUUCUGGGAAAUAUAUGCAGGGGGAGGUUGUUGCUGUUCGUGUCCCACUCCUCCAUCUCAAUAAUUUCCAAAUUAAUGACUGGCCAGAGCUCUCAACAAAAAGCUAUGCUCUAAUGGUUCUAAUGCUUCCUUCAGACAGUGCAAGGCGAUGGCAUGUGCAUGAGCUUGAGCUUGUCGAAGUAGUUGCCGAUCAGGUGGCGGUUGCUCUUUCACAUGCUGCAAUAUUGGAAGAGUCCAUGAGGGCAAGGGAUCUUCUUAUGGAGCAGAAUGUUGCGCUUGAUCUUGCCAGGAGAGAAGCAGAAACAGCAAUUCGUGCUCGUAAUGAUUUCUUGGCUGUUAUGAAUCAUGAGAUGAGAACUCCAAUGCAUGCAAUUAUUGCACUUUCUUCGUUGCUUCAGGAGACAGAGCUGACACCUGAACAACGUCUGAUGGUUGAAACAAUCCUUAAGAGUAGUAACCUCUUAGCUACUCUGAUAAAUGAUGUAUUAGAUCUAUCUAGGCUUGAAGAUGGAAGCCUUCAACUGGACAUUGAAACUUUCAACGUUCAUGCUACAUUCACGGAGGUUUUAAACCUUAUAAAGCCUAUUGCUUCAGUCAAAAAGUUGCUGAUUACAUUGAAUUUGGCUCCAGAGUUACCAGAAUUUGCAGUUGGUGAUGAAAAACGCUUGAUGCAAACUAUUUUAAAUGUUGUUGGUAAUGCUGUGAAGUUCUCGAAAGAGGGCAGCAUCUCAAUCACUGCUUUUGUUGCGAAAGGAGAAACUCUAAGAGAUCCUCAAGCUCCUGAUUUUUUCCCAGUAUCGAGCAAUAAUCACUUUUAUUUGCGUGUGCAGGUAAAAGAUUCAGGGGCCGGAAUAAGCCCCCAAGAUAUCCCCAAGCUAUUUACAAAAUUUACACAAACUCAAUCCACAGCAACUAGAAAUUCUGGCGGCAGUGGACUUGGCCUUGCAAUUUGUAAGAGGUUUGUAAAUCUUAUGGAGGGUCACAUUUGGAUUGAAAGUGAAGGCCUUGGCAAGGGAUGUACUGCUAUCUUCAUAGUAAAACUUGCCUUCCCGGAGCGGUCAAAUGAGUCUAGGCUACCCUUCAUACCUAAAGGGCACGUGAAUCAAGGACUGACAAGCUUUCCAGGACUCAAAGUUCUUGUUAUGGAUGAUAAUGGGGUUAGCAGAAUGGUGACCAAAGGACUUCUUGUACACCUGGGGUGUGAUGUUACACCAGUAAGUUCUAGUGAUGAGUGCUUGCAUGUUGUAUCUCAAGACCACAAAGUGGUUUUCAUGGAUGUUUGUGUGCCUAGCAUGGAUGGUUAUGAAUUGGCAGUCCGUAUACAUGAAAAGUUUACAAAACGACAUGAAAGGCCUUUGAUAGUGGCACUCACUGGAAACACAGAUAAGUUGACCAAGGAGGCCUGCAUGAGGGUAGGUAUGGAUGGUGUUAUAUUGAAACCUGUUUCAGUUGAUAAAAUGAGGAGCGUUUUAACAGACCUCCUCGAGCACCGAGUGCUCUUUGAGGCAAUCUAAGCUUUAGCAAAAUGGUUAAUACUGAUUGAAGGAUCGGGGAGACAUAGUAUCGUGAAAUCUUGUACAUACUACAUGGUAUUUAAGCUUCUGGUGUCAAUAACAUACCAUGCAAAAAAGCAGGUUCAUGUAUUAUUGAAAUAGUGCAGCCAUUUUUAGAAUUGAGGAGGGCGAAUCUGUCAAAGGAUUUCAAAAAAUUCAUCCCGCCGUUGAUAUGAGAAGAAGGAAGGAAGUAAUUCUCUAAUGGGACUGCUGUUAGAUUACUCCAUUUUGUUUUCGCAAGGAAAAUGAUGUUAUUCCUGCUUUUGACCCAUUAGCAUUUUUGCUGGGUGUUGAGAGGAGUCGAAAAACGUUCUUGUAGUGAAUUAUUUCUCACCAUUUCUCUGGUAAUCUGUCAUUAAGUUUGACUUUUUUUUCAGUCUGACGCUAAUUACACUAGUUUUGGCAUGAUGACUAAAUUGAAACUAUCCUCUCUAGUGUUGAAGGAGUAUAAGGUUUGUGUACAUUUUGUUUGUUUCUUGA